GUUAAAUAAACCGAAAACCAGUUACCGCCGCGAUGCGAAACGGUACGCGCGCAUUUAUAGAAUUCUAAUUUUGUAAUAAGAAAAAAAAAAUAUGACUUUUUAAUUAUACCAAAUUGUAGGCAGUGAUAUGGUUUUAAUAGUUUUUUUUUAAUUAGAUAUUUUAUUUUUUUAGGAUGCUCCUCUUCCUCAUACCAUUCCUGGCAGCUGCGGCUGGACAGAGCACUAUCGAGCCGUCAGUCCUGAUCGACGUGUUCGGCCCACCCCCCACAGAGCCCACGGUGACCACAUCACCACAAUUUGAAGACAUCACAGUGAAACCGACCGACAAAAACGAGUUUAUCGAUAAAAACGGUCAGAGUUGCAAGUGCGUGCCGUAUUACCUGUGCAAUACCGAGCUGGUGGGAAUCGACGCCAACAACGCCACAGUCACGGGAUGGGGAGAGCUAGACAUUAGAUUUGGAGAGGAUGAGUGCCAAGAGAGCGUGGAGCGAUGCUGUACCAACCCCAAAGACCCUGAAGAUGUGGUGGUCCCGAAGCCAGACCCCACCAGGCUGAGGGGGUGCGGAUAUAGGAACCCAAGGGGAGUCGAUUUCACCAUCAAAGGUGGGAGUGGUGCUGAGGCGGAAUUCGGCGAGUUUCCGUGGGUGGUGGCCCUGCUGGACAACCGUAACCUGUCUUACGCGGGCGUCGGAGUCAUCGUCCACCCACAAGUGGUCAUGACAGGGGCACAUAUAGCCAGCAGGUUUCCCGACCCUGAGACGUUGAAGAUCCGAGCUGGCGAGUGGGACACACAGACAAACAAAGAAAGACUGCCUUAUCAAGAGAGAACUGUCCAAGAAAUUUACAUAAACAGUGGUUUCCACUCCAAAAAUCUGGUGAACAACAUAGCGCUUCUACGCCUGGAGCGGCCUCUGGAGCUAGCUGAACACAUCAACGUGGUGUGCAUGCCGAGACAGGGCGAGAGCUUUGACGAGAGCAAGGGAUGCGUCGCUAACGGGUGGGGGAAGAACCAAUUCGGUCUCAAAGGUCGCUACGCCGUGAUCCUGAAGAAAGUGGAGAUCGACAUGGUGCAGCAUGAGAGAUGCAAUCAGCUGCUGAAGAAGACUCGCCUAGGGUCCAAGUUUAAGCUUCACAGCAGCUUCGUCUGUGCUGGAGGGGAGGAGGGGAAGGACACUUGCCAGGGCGACGGUGGCGCCCCCCUAGCUUGUCCCAUAGGCGGGGACCGCUACAAGCUGUCAGGAUUGGUCUCGUGGGGCAUCGGCUGCGGCGGUAAAGACGUGCCGGCCGUGUAUGCCAACGUUCCCGCCUUCAGACAAUGGGUGGACGACAAAAUGGCCGACUGGGGGUACGACACGAGCGGAUAUAACUUGUGAGAAUGAUAUAUAAAAAAAAAAAUAUUUGUAAUUUUCAUCUUUUGAUUUUAUUGACUUUUCUUUUGUAUUGGAAAGUCGUAUUACUGACUGACUUAUUUCUAUUCUAAAUUUGGAUAAUCGUAAGGUUGACGUUGUUGAGGAAAAUGCUGCAGUUCAGUUUGUUACCGCGUCUUCUGCACUGACGCUUUGGAAGCGGCGGUAAACUUAGUUUUUAAGUUAUAUAUUUGACGUCAACCACAAUGAUGUCUCAUAAUAAUGAAUAAAACUUUUGAAUUUAAUUAACUAGCGACCCGCCCGCGACUUUAUCCGCAUGGAAACCCUAUCAAUCUCGCGGGAACUCCGGGAUAAAAAGUAGCCUAUAUGUUAUUCUGGGUCUUCAGCUACCUACAUACCAAUUUUCAUCGUAAUCGGUUCCAGUAGUUUUUGCGUGAAAGAGUAACAAACAUCCAUACUGGCAUCCUGACAUACAAACUUUCGCAUUUAUAAUAUUAGUAGGAUAGGAUUAUUCGAGUUUUUCUCUGGACAUCCCCACGUAAGCGAAGACGCGCGAAAAAGUGGUGGAAAUGUAAACAAUUCUGAAGUGGGUGGGAAAU